GCCGUGUUGCCCGCCAUGAGCGAGUGCCGGGGCUGCCCUGCGUCGUGCGGAGCUGCUAGGCCGGAGAGUGACGAGAAGCUGUCCUUAGAUGGUGUUGAAAAUGGCUUAAAAUCAAGUGAGGAGCCUCUUUUAAGAAAGAACCCUCGUCGAUUUGUCAUCUUCCCAAUCCAGUAUCCUGACAUAUGGAAAAUGUAUAAGAAGGCACAAGCUUCCUUCUGGACAGCGGAAGAAGUUGACUUAUCAAAGGAUCUUCCUCACUGGCACAAGCUGAAACCAGAAGAAAAAUAUUUUAUUUCGCAUAUCCUGGCUUUUUUUGCAGCCAGCGAUGGAAUUGUGAAUGAAAACCUGGUAGAGCGUUUUAGCCAAGAAGUGCAGGUCCCAGAAGCUCGUUGUUUCUAUGGGUUCCAGAUACUAAUAGAAAAUGUUCACUCAGAGAUGUACAGUUUAUUAAUAGACACUUACAUCAGGGAUCCUGAGAAAAGGGAAUUCCUAUUUAAUGCUAUUGAAACAAUGCCACAUGUCAAGAAGAAAGCAGACUGGGCACUGAGAUGGAUAACAGACAGGGAAGCCACUUUUGGGUUGAGAGUGGUUGCUUUUGCCGCUGUCGAAGGAAUCUUCUUCUCUGGGGCUUUUGCGGCUAUAUUUUGGCUCAAGAAAAGAGGGCUGAUGCCAGGACUCACUUUCUCCAAUGAGCUUAUUAGUAGAGAUGAAGGCCUCCAUUGUGACUUUGCUUGCCUGAUGUUUCGGUAUUUAGUGAAUAAACCAUCGGAGGAAAGAGUCAAAGAGAUAAUUGUCAAUGCAGUUGAAAUUGAGCAGGAGUUUUUGACUGAGGCCUUACCAGUUGGCUUGAUUGGAAUGAAUUGCAUUCUGAUGAAACAAUAUAUUGAGUUUGUGGCAGAUAGGUUACUUCUGGAAUUAGGUUUCUCUAAGGUCUUUGAAGUAGAAAACCCUUUUGACUUCAUGGAGAACAUUUCACUGGAAGGAAAAACCAAUUUCUUUGAGAAGAGGGUUUCAGAGUAUCAGCGUUUUGCAGUGAUGGCUGAAACAAAUGAUAAUGUCUUUACUUUAGAUGCUGACUUCUAGCACUCCCUUCUUUGGAAAACGAAUCUUGCCAAAAUACCCUAUCACCACUGAUAGCGGCAGAAGAUUUUAUUUCUUCUACUGAAUGUGGAAUGUUCUGGGACUAUUUUUCCGGCUUCCCACAGUUGAUGGAUGCUUUUAUACAAUAUAUUUAUUGCAGGUUACGAUGUAAACAUUUUGUGUGCGAAUCUGUGUGCUCUAUAUCAACAGUUCCUUCCAUGAAAUAACACAACUUUUAUAUUUCUACAGAGUUUAAUAUCAUGACAUUUGUGUAAAUCUCAGUUGCAAAUUAUUUCAUCCAAAAUCCACCAUCAGGCAAUGUGUUUAUUAGAGCAGUAAACUUUGAGUUGAAUAAGAGUAAUAACAAAAGCCUUAAUUGAGUAAUAAAAUCCCGUUGCUGCUGAUUCAUUGUGCUGAGUUGCAACCUAGAGGAAUGCUCCAGCUUAAGACCCUAGGAAGGGGCCUGCUGAGUCAGACCAAAGGGCUGUGUAGUCCAAUGUUCUGUUCCCGUCUUUGCAAACCAGAUGCCUAUGGGAAGCCCACAAAUGGAACAGGAGUGCCAUUGGAUCAAAAUGUAUCAAAAUGGAUGGAAAACAAACUUAAGCUGCCUGUGCAUCUUUACCUGGGAUAAGCCCUGUGGAACAGAGUGGGACUUACUUCUGAGUAAAGUUGCGUACAGCUGCACUCUUAACAUAACCAUUCUUAAUCAGACCAAAGAUCGAUCUAAUUCAGCAUUCUGUUUCCUAUAAUUGUCAACAACAUCAACAAAAACACAGAGAAAAUGCUCUCUAGUGCUAGAAAAAGCUAUAAUAAGGACAACAUGUUUCAGAAUGAGAUUUCCUUCCUCAGGGGCUACAGUUUUAAUUUUAACUGUGAAACAUUAACAUUUUUAAAAGCAAAUAAAAGUUAUUGUCAAACAUGGUUUAA